UGUAUUUUCUUUCUCCCCCACCCCAGAAUGGAAUAUAGGAACCUUCUCCUUGGCUUCCUCCUGUGCUGCACCUUGCUUACGGUCAGCUAUUCUUACAUGAUAUUAGACGAAAAGCAGGACAUGGACAACGGUAUGGCGAAUAAUAACAAAAUCAAGCUCCCGGAUCUUCAACCCAUCUCUAUAGUAGAUUUAACUAAAACAUCCCUGAAGCUCAGCAGGAAAGAAGCUGAAAUUAAGAAAUCUAUGAAGAAAAAGGCCCAACAGAAAAAGCCUCCCCGACCAAGACCGUCGCCCCCUCCAAAUUGUGUGGCCACCUGGGCAAGCUGCAAGUCUCACCCCUGCUGCGAUUUCUGUGCCUUUUGUUACUGCCGACUCUUUCAAACAGUCUGCUACUGCCGAAUGGGGAACCCAAACUGCUAAACCAAAACCAGCAACACCACUGGGACUCUGUCUCUCAUUAGACUCCUCGGUGUAUCUUCUAGGCCUCUAUGUCUCGUGUAUAUUGCAAAGGAAGCCGAGAGCUUUUGAUGCUGGCUGGCUGGCUGGCAGGCUUUAACUCCGAAACCACAUGAAUUAUGGGAUAUAUGUCUCAUGAGGCUAAUGCUGUCAUAAACCAGAGAGCCACUGCCAUAGCGAGCAUGACAGGAAAUGGGAGGAAGUGAGAUGGAGGCUGACAGUCUGAAAGGGUGUUUACAAGUGAGGUAAAGGGAAGCAUCUUGCCCGUCAAGGAGGAUUUAUGUCUCCCUUCAGAAACAGCAUUUUACCACCCUUUACAGGUUUGAAUGAAAAAUAUGGGCCACUGACAUAACUAUAAAAAGCACAUUCCAGAAGAGUAGCCAUGUUGGCCUUUAACAAUAAAAAGGCCAAACAAAAAUGAUAUGGGACAGGUGCAGGCAAGUUACUGUUCAGUUCUAUACAGUUAGCUCUUAUCCAGGGUAGAGGAGAAAGCAAAGCAGGGACCUUUUUCUAGUCCAAAGGCUGCAUACGUUUCUGCAUAACCUUCUGGUGGCUGCAUGGCAGUGGUAGGUAUGGCCAAAGCAGCAUUCUCUAUUGCUG